AAGUUCUUGGGAAGGAACCAUUACCUGUGGGGCAAUAGAUGGAGAAAUUCUCUGACUAGAGACUCUGACCUCAUACUUCCUGCUGAUCUAACUGUCUUAUGAGGAUCUGUCAUUCUGCAAAUGUGCACCAACAAGAGACUAACUGGGCUGAGGCCAUAUCAGAAUCAUGGACCCCAGAGACACCAUCCUUCUCUGUCUCGUGUUCUGUCUGAGCCAGAAGAUUCAGGCACAGGAAGGGGAUUUUCCUGUUCCUAUCAUAUCUGCCACACCUGGUUCUGUGAUUCCCUGGAAUGACUCUGUGAAGAUCCUGUGUUGGGGGACUCCCGAGUCUUACUUGUACCAACUGGAAAUCCUGGGAAACUCCACAUUCGAGGUGGUGGAGAAGAAAUUGGGAUUUCAGAAGAAGGCUGAAUUCCUCAUUAAACACAUGAAUCCAAACACUGCAGGACGUUAUCAGUGCCAGUAUAGGAAACAGGACCACUGGUCAGAGCACAGUAAAGCCUUGGAGCUGGUGGUGACAGGCUUCUACAACAAACCCUUCUUCUCUGCUGACCAGGGCAUUGUGGUGAUGCUAGGGAAGAAUAUCUCCCUGCAGUGCAGGUCAGCACACAUCCCAUUUGAUAGAUUUUCACUGAUCAAGGAAGGAGGAGCCACCCUGUCACAGAACCAAAAUGGCAGACACCAAGGCACCUUCAUUCUAGGUCCUGUGAACCAAAGCUUCUCAGGGAACUACAGGUGCUAUGGUUGGUACAGCAGCAGCCCUUAUGUGUGGUCAGCCCCCAGUGAUGCCCUGGGGCUUGUGGUCACAGAUAUAAUGAAACAAGAUUACACAGUGGGGAAUUUGAUCCGAAUGGGUGUGGCAGGGCUGGUCCUUGUGGCUCUCUUGGCCAUACUGGUUAAAAAUUGGCACAAUCAUCAGGCUCCAAACAAGGAAGACUGUCCAGAUCUUUCUGAGCUGAGCUGGAGUAAACAGAAAUGUCAGACAUAAUGGACCUUUGGACAAACUCCUAACAGCCAAAAGGUAGACACCUGUUGCUGAAGUAGUAAUGAGUCAGCACUUGCAGAGUUCUGCAGAGCUACUGGGAG